AUGAAUGGCUUCGCGGACAAGGGGCUCGACGAGUCCCACUUCGGCAGCGAUCCGGCCUCCGCCAUCAGCGCGGUAAAAUCAUUCGAUGCAUUUCCAAAAGUCAAACCCAGCUACACGGAGAAGACGAGCAGCGGCAGUGCCUGGACUGUCUUCUUAAUAUGCGCGAGCGUGUUCCUGACGUGGAGCGAGCUGAAGCGGUGGUGGGUGGGCGAGACAACGCACACGUUCUCUGUCGAGCAGGGAGUUGGACAUGACUUGCAGAUCAACAUGGAUGUGGUGGUUGCCAUGCGGUGCGAGGACUUGCAUGUGAAUCUGCAGGACGCUUCAGGCGAUCGAAUACUGGCGGGAACAGCAUUGAAGAGGGACGGCACAUUAUGGGGUCAAUGGGUUGGCUCUGGGAAGGGCAAGUUAGGCGCGUCGAAACAGGAACGAUUAGAUCUGAGUGGCUAUCCUGGAUUCGGCGAGUAUCGGGAAGAGGAUGUGCAUGACUAUAUGGGCGCGGCGAAGAGUAGCAAGAAGUGGUCGAAGACGCCUAAAUUACCACGGCGAACAGAGCCGGACAGCUGUAGGAUAUACGGCACUAUGCAUACGAACAAGGUCCAGGGCGACUUCCACAUUACAGCUCGCGGACAUGGCUACAUGGAGUUUGGGCAGCAUCUAGACCACACCAGCUUCAACUUCUCCCACCACGUCAACGAGCUCUCGUUCGGCCCAUUCUAUCCAUCACUCAUCAACCCUCUGGAUAGCACCGUUGCCACCACUGAGUCACAUUUCUACAAGUAUCAAUACUACCUCUCCGUGGUCCCAACCAUCUACACCACCGACCCCAAAUCCCUCCGCAGCAUCGACAAGUACCACGAGUCACCGUCCUCUGGCUCCGACGGCUUAGAACAGCAUCCGCACCGCUACAGCAGGAACCACGUCUUCACCAACCAGUACGCUGUCACAGAGCAGAGUCAUCCAGUACCGGAGAACCACGUGCCCGGAGUGUUUGUCAAGUUUGACAUUGAGCCGAUCUUACUCACCAUUGCCGAGGAAUGGAGCUCGAUACCGAAGUUGUUUGUCCGGCUUGUGAACGUCAUCAGCGGCAUCUUGGUGGCAGGCGGCUGGUGUUUCCAGCUGACGGAGUUUGUCAAGGACAUGCGGCGAGGGAAGCGGUCAGGUACCGUGGCGACGGACGGGAUCUUGUCGCCGGUGACGCCUGGACAGGGUGAUGAGAAGAGGUUCAUGUAG